UUUUCCAUGAAUUUUUGACACAUGCUUCUAGAUUUUUUGAGCAGACAUGUAAGGUCUACCAGACUACCCUGAUGCUGUACUCUAUUUAUUUAAAAUCAUUCCUAAAUUCUGUUUACUUCUACUUAGUCUAACCUGAUCAAUCAUGGCGGACUUCACUUGGCCCUGGUACUACAAUUUCCCGCCCUUCUUCACACUGCAGACCAACAGCGAGGUGCGGCGCAGUCAGCUGGAGUCCUGGUGCGGGCUCGUGCUGCGCUGGGCGCGACACUGCAACGUCACCAGCAUCGACGUCGCCAGCUGCUCGUCUCUUCCCGUCUUCAGUAACGCGGAGGUGGGGCGCGCGCUGCCCCCCGAGGGCAUCUCUGUGGUGCUCCACGAACUGGCUAAGCGCGGCAACCUCGAAUGGACCGAUAAAUCUAAGACCAGAGGACAAGUGCUGUGGCUGAGCACAGGGGCGUGGGCCGACCAGCUGUACAGGUGGGCGCAGGCCACCAGCAAAGUAAACACCGUGUGCACGCUCUACGAGCUCACCCAGGGUGACGAGAGCACCGACCAAGAGUUCUUCGGGCUCUCGGAUGACGUGGUGCUGAAAGCGCUGCGGCUGCUGGAGAGUCAGGGCAAGGCAGAGGUCAUCGAGACACCUGACGGCACGGGUGUCAAGUUCCUGCAGAGCUGAGCUGCUCUUCAAGCCAUGAGAAAUGCAAGAGUUUGUGUCUCACGUGAGCGGUCGCUUAGAAUGCCCCUUGAUUUCGCCCACAGUUUUUUAAUUAGCGCUACGGGCAUCGUUCACAGCCAAUGAGCAGAAUUGUAGGCAAGCGUAGAUCAUUUCGAUCACUUACAACUGAGACGUCAUUCAUUACUAUGCAGUAGCUAAGCUGUUGGACGACUGUGGGUCCGAAUUUUUUUUUAAGGAUUUCGAAAGUCAAUGCGAUAAUAGGCUUGUUGAAUGUCAUGCAGUUCAUAAAGCCUCAAGAUCAUGCUCUUAAUGUACAGCUUGGUUCUCCGUCGCAAUAUCCUAAGUUUAGCUAAAUGUUUUGUAUAUUCCAACACUUUAACAAUGUGAAAAAGUUUUGUUAUCGAAUUCAGUUGUGAGUUUCUGCUUACUAUUACCAUGUUGUGCUUGGAUUCAGGGAGCAUUUUAAACUUAUGAUACUUGGGUUGAUGAAUGCAAAUCCUGCAUGUUGAUUGUUGAAGCUCAGAAUGUUCGAAGCACACAGUUGUGUGGGUGGUUAGAUUUUAGCUCUCUGAUUAUCCUCACUCUGCUAACUGGAAAAAUACCUAUCAGUAACCCUCGGCCUGCAUAGACAAUAACGUUAAAUUCUUCCUCUUUGUUUGGAUAGCGGUAUUUGAUAUCCCACAAAUUUUCACUUUCAGCGUUCCUUUGUAAACGUUACGAGACAAAGAUUUUUUAAGCAGUGAUUGCAACACUGCUUAAAAUCACACACAUUGCAAACAUAGUUCCGCUGUAUAGUUUCGAAAAAAGAAGCCGUUAUUGAUGCUGUGUUAAUAUAGUGUAGUUUUUUUACCAUUAUUUGAGUUAGUUACCUUCUUCUGGUCCAGAUAUAAAAUGAGUUGUCAGCUGUGAGAACAUGUCAACUCAAGAGUCAACUGUGAAAUUUUGACAAAAGUUCAGAAGUGUGACCGAACUAUGUUGACAAAUUUUCAAGAGAGAAUAAUAGCCUUAAGUCUAGCACGGAAAUAUUUUGCAUGAUUGAGGACAUUCUGUCUUCAUCAUCGAGCUCUCGAAUAAUGAGAAGUAUGAUGUCAAGUAAUGCGUGGUCGCUGUCAAGAGUAAGCACCGUGAUGUCCUAGAUAUUAAAAUGAAUGUCUUAUUCAAUGCAUAAUUAAAAACUACACGAGU